AUGCGGGCCCUCCUCAGCCGCGGGGCCUCCAUCUGGGGCCGCCUUUCCCCGGCUGCCUCGCGCUGCAGCGUCCUCGCGCCGCGCAGCUUCGCCUCAGCAGCAGCAGCAGCUGCUGCUGCUGCGCCUGCUGCAGCAGCAGCCAAGGCCUCAGCAGCAGCAGCAGCAGCAAGCGGGGCCCGGAAGGGCCCCACGGGCCGCAUUGCCCAGGUAAUUGGCGCUGUUGUUGAUGUGGAAUUUGAGGGCCCUUUGCCUCCGAUUUUGAAUUCGCUGGAGGUGCACUUGGAGCCGGAAGAGCAGCAGCAGCAGCAGCAGCAGGGGCAGCAGCAGCAGCAACAGCAGCCGCAGCGGCUCGUGCUCGAAGUGGCGCAGCACUUGGGCGAAAAUGUUGUCCGCACAAUUGCCAUGGACGCCACUGAGGGCCUCGUCAGGGGGCAGCCAGUCUCAGACACAGGGGCCCCAAUUCAAGUUCCCGUGGGGCCGGAAACUUUAGGACGGAUCAUGAAUGUUCUGGGGGAGCCGAUAGACGGCUGCGGGCCGAUUCUGGCGCGGACCAAGUACCCCAUUCACCGCGCGGCGCCGCCUUUCGCAGACAUGGCCGGCGAUCCAGGAAUGCUGGUGACGGGGAUAAAGGUGGUGGACCUGAUGUCGCCGUACGCGAAGGGCGGGAAGAUCGGGCUGUUUGGCGGGGCGGGAGUGGGGAAGACCGUGCUGAUAAUGGAGUUGAUAAACAACGUGGCGAAGAAGCACGGGGGCUUCUCGGUGUUCGCGGGCGUGGGCGAGCGCACGCGCGAAGGCAACGACCUGUACCACGAGAUGCUGCAGACGGGCGUGAUCCGGCGCCGCGCGCUGCCGGCCGCGGCCCCGCAGCAGCAGCAGCAGCAGCAGCAGCAGCAGCAGCAGCAGCGGUUCGACUUCAGCGGGAGCAAGGCGGCGCUGGUGUACGGGCAGAUGAACGAGCCGCCGGGGGCGCGGGCGCGGGUGGCGCUGACGGGGCUGUCCGUGGCGGAGUACUUCCGAGACGAGGAGCAGCAAAACGUGCUGCUGUUCAUCGACAACAUCUACCGGUUCACGCAGGCCGGCAGCGAAGUGUCCGCGCUGCUGGGGCGGAUCCCCUCGGCGGUGGGCUACCAGCCCACGCUGGCGGCGGAGCUGGGGCUGCUGCAGGAGCGGAUUGCUGCAGCAGCAGCAGGCUCGAUCACCUCGGUGCAGGCCGUGUACGUCCCCGCAGACGACCUCACGGACCCCGCGCCAGCAGCAACUUUCUCGCACCUCGACGCCACCACAGUGCUGUCGCGGAAGAUCAGCGAGCUGGGCAUUUACCCCGCCGUGGACCCGCUGGACAGCAGCAGCAGGCUGCUGCAGCCCGCUGCAGUCGGCGCGCAGCACUACGCCGCCGCGCGCCGCGCGCAGCAGCUGCUGCAGGAGUACAGCGGCCUGCAGGACAUCAUCGCCAUCCUCGGCCUGGAGGAGCUCGGCGAGGGCGACCGCCUCACCGUCUCGCGGGCCCGCAAGCUGCAGCGUUUUCUCUCGCAGCCCUUCGCCGUUGCGGAGGUUUUCACGGGGAAGCCGGGCAAGUUCGUCGAGGUCGAGGACACCGUGGCUGCUGCUGAGUUCAUUCUUUCGGGGCAGGCGGACGAGCUUCCCGAGGCCGCCUUCUACAUGUGCGGCGGCCUCCAGGAGGUCAAGGCCAGGGCGCUCGAAAUGGCCCAGCGCGCGGCCUUCUGA